AUGGCAGAGUGGGCGGGGUUUAGUGUAUUCGUUGAGUUGCGCGGUGGAUGGUUGGUUGGUCGGUCGUUGUGUAUUUGUGCAGGCGCUCCGCGAUAUAGCAACGGCUCAGCAGGAGGAGGAGGGGGAAGACCACGGGAAAGAGGGUUUGAUAAAAGUAGUAGUGUAGUGAGUGCUAGUUUACUUGCGCUGUUUCCAUGGUCCAUCCUGUUGUGCAUCUGUGGAACGGAUGGGUGGCAGUAA